AUGAUUCAGUGUAUCAAUACCCUCCUCUGUAGACUUAAAUACUUGUCUCUCUGCAGCUCAGAGUCCGGAGGGGUGCACAGCGGGGGGGCGGCAGAGGAAGACGUCAGAACCACCGGGUCCGGGCUCUCCCCUGAAGAGGUUCUCCCAACGGACUCUGGACCUGAAGACCUCCAGGAGACUUCAGAGGGUCCAGAGGUGGUGGUCCCUGACACCAAGGGUCUUCCUGAGUCUGAAAAGGUCCAGGAUUACUCUGUGGAGAUUCAGGAUGUGUCCCCAGAAGGCGAGGAGCCGCCCUCAGAGGUCAUGGUUCAGGAGGUCCACACACAAGCUACCACUGUAGUUCUUACGAAGCCCACCACAGAACCAGAGUCAGUGAUCCUGGAGACAAAUCCUGUCCUGGACCCAGAACCCAAAGACAGUUCUUUGGGUAUCACGAGGGACGUACCAUCAACGCAGGAGGUUGAAGACGAGGAUCUACCAGAGACACCUGAAUCAGUUGAGGAGGGAACUCUUGCAGAACCAGAAGAAGAUCCUUUAGAGACCGAGGUAGAUGAAUCAGAAGAAGAUCCUUUAGAGACCGAGGUAGAUGAAUCAGAAGAAGAUCCUUUAGAGACCGUGACAGAAGAAGAAGCAGAGGUUCCUUCCCAGGCCUCCUUUCUGACCACGGACCGGACCAUAGAAGAAGUCAGUGAAGCACCAGAAGACCAGCUGAGUUCCGGAGUUACCUCUGACCCGUUCGUCCUGAUCCUACAAGAAGAUGAAGACGCCACGGUGGAACCUGAAGAAGAUCUGGUCUUAAUAGAAGAAGUAACCAAAGAGUACGCGGAGGUGAUUCCAACUACGGCAGGCCUACCAGCAAAAGAAGAAGAACCAGCUCAGGGAGUAGCUGCCGUAGAAGAUCCGGUACAAAAACUGGCUGAAGAAACUGAAAUCACUGAAGUACCAGCACAGGAAGUGGUUCAUGUAGAAGAUACAGGACUCGUAGAAGAAGCAGAACUCGUAGAAGAUAAGGAGCCUCGAGGAGAACCAACAGAAGAAGACGGACUAGUAGAAAUUGCAGAAGAGACAGUACCUACAAGAGGUAUCACACAAGAAUAUUCGGGAGAAGAAGUAGGUGAACCCGAAUCAGAAGGAUCCGAACCAGAAGUUGCUGAGGAAGCGGUCUCAGAGAGUCUCCUCUUGACAGAACCAGAGGUACCAGAGCCAGAAGACCCUGAGGAAGAACCAGAAUCUGUCCCUGAGGAAGAACCAGAGUCUGUCCCUGAGGAAGAACCAGAGUCUGUCCCUGAGGAAGAACCAGAGUCUGUCCCUGAGGAAGAGGUGGUCCAAGAGGGUCCGAGUGAAAUAUCUCCAGAAGUCGGGACUCCCACCGGAGCAGGAACCGCAGAACCGCAGAAAGUCCUGGAAGAGGUACCUGUGGAGGUCCUACCUGAGGGCCCCCUGGUGGAGGUCCCUGCAGAGAACACCCCCGGCCCCCUGUUGGAGGUCCCUGCUGAGAAGGUGGAAGCCACCACCAAGUACGUGGUUGAGUACAACAACGGGAACUUCCCGGCCCUGACGGAGCGGCCCCUGGACCUGGACGGGUUUGGGAACAGCUUUGGUCUGGAAGAUGAGGACUCGAUCGGGAACGAGAUAGACGGUACCCUGCUGUGGCCCCAGAGGGCCCUGAAGGAGCAGGUGGUGGAGCUGAGCCUCAAACUGAGAGGAGAGACCUUCAGUGACGCCCUGAGGGACCCGAGCAGCACCCAGUACCAGCUGCUGGACCGCCACUUCAUCCGUAGG